GAGGCAUCCCGCCCCCCGGCCACGGCGAGCGUCUCUGGGUGUACAACCACAUCGUCGACCACUUCACCAUCUACUCACUGACGCCGGAGCUAAGAGUCGGUUCCUUGCUUUCCUAUUCCCCACCCUCCCUUUCCCCCCCAUCCCAAAUCCAUACCAGUAAAACAUCAACCAAUCCCGCUGACAUUUCGAAUAUCGCCGAAUCUGCAGAGCAACAAAGCCUUCCGGCAGAUGCCCUACACCGGCAAAAAACUCAUCCCCGCCAAGCUCCGCAAGGACUACUGGCGGCCGAUGAUGGUGGUCGAGUUCGGGUCGGGGCGCGGCGACGUCGGCCGCAGCGUGUUCCACAAGCUCCGCGAGCUGCAGCGGCGGCACCAGCUCGAGUGGGACGACCCGGCGCUGCUUAACAUGAGCCGGCGCGAGCGCGGCAAGGCGCUCAACGACCAGCGCGGGAACUCCGUCGCCGACCUCGCGGCUGUCUUGGCCGGGAAAGGGAAGGGGAAUCGGGUUGUUCUUUCUGAGUAUACUCAGACUUCUCAGGUCCAAGCUGGUGGGAAGGCAAAAGAGGGGGAGAAGAAGGGUGUGAAGACACCCGUGGAAACUGCUGAGGGUGCUGGGGGCGAUGAGGUCGUGGAGGAAGGUGUGGUGGAGGUGACGUUGGAUAAGAGCGAGGGUGAGGAGGCGGGCAAAAAGGUCAAGCUGUACCAGGCAACGGUGUAUUGGGCAAACGAGCAGGACAAGUACUAUGCUGAGUCCUGGACCGAGAAUGUCACUCAUGUCGUCGGCCUACCGGAGAAGGGCAAGAAGGGGAAGGAGGCGGUUGAGGCUGCUGAGGCGGUCGAAGCGGAGGCGGCGGCUGAGGCACCCAAGGCGGAGACUGCCGAGGCGGUUAAGGUUGAGUGAUGGUCAUCUCGACUUGGGGACUGUCAAGAGUAGUGACGGCUUGUACAAAUGCUGAAAUACUAGAUGGGCGGACUGACGAGUAUCUACCCGCUGACUUACUGUAUUUGUAUUAUACACUGUAUAUCACGCAUAGAAACAGCAUCGAUAUCGGCCUGUAUUGUUGGG